CAUGCUUAUGGCUGCAAAAUCAGAGAUGGCAGAUCUCCAGCAAGAGCAUCAGAGAGAGAUUGAAGGAUUACUAGAGAAUAUUCGGCAGCUGAGCAGGGAACUUCGUCUUCAGAUGCUUAUCAUAGACAACUUCAUUCCUCAGGACUACCAGGAAAUGAUUGAAAACUAUGUUCACUGGAAUGAAGACAUUGGAGAAUGGCAGCUGAAAUGUGUUGCAUAUACAGGGAACAACAUGAGGAAACAGACUCCUGUCCUGGAUAAGAAAGAAAAAGAUCCCUUUGAAGUGGACCUUUCCCAUGUUUACUUAGCCUACACUGAAGAAAGCUUGAGGCAAUCGCUGAUGAAGCUGGAGAGGCCAAGGACUUCAAAAGGAAGAUCCAGGCCCAAGACGGGUAGAAGAAAACGUUCGGCAAAGCCAGGAGCUGUCAUUGACUCUCUGCUGCAGUAGGUGUGACCUGUUCAGAAUUGCCGUAUAAAUCAGUGAGUGUGUAAGAUUGGGCCAGAAUAUGGAGUUCAAGAGGUGGCACAGUUUGGCUAUAAAAUCCAUACCUUGCUGGUAUGGAGCUUUAUUUUAAAGAAAUGUAUUUUUCCUUAGUUGCCCGUAUAUUGUAUGUUAUAUUAACAUAAUAUUAAACUGGUAUAUAUG